CGCGUCUUUUUACCAAAUACGUAAAAAAGGAAUGAUGCUUCUUACACGUUUACAUUGGCUUCAAGGACUCUCCAGGAAUACUCUAAAAAAUUCAUCCCAACUUUUGAUUGGAUCACAUGUCAAUUUAGCCUCUUACUCCAGACUCCUCUCUCGCUCCAUCCUAUUGAAGCGGAAUGAUGUCAACAAUGUUUUCUUGAUCAGGCACCUUCAUCAAUCAGCUGUUACUGCCUCUGAUGCUACUACUACCCAGCCAACUGCAACUACUGUUACUACUGAUGCCGCUGCUGCCGUUGCUGCUACUAUCCCCUCAUCAUCAUCAUCAUCAUCAUUGCAUUCAAAAGAUAUGGAAACACCAGUGUUGGCACACAGAUCAUAUAAACGUGGAAAUUACAGUCGAUUUGAGAGAACAAGAUAUCCAUGGACAAAGACGGAAGACGAGCUGGUAAUGAAACUAUUAAAAGAGAGCAGGAAGUUAUCAGAAUGUUACGGAUAUUUUCCUGAUAGAACCACUGAUGCAAUCCUUUGCAGGCUGUCACAUCAUCGUACGAGAGCAAAGGCAGAGUAUAUGAAGCAGAAUGACAUUAGUAUUAAAAGUGAAAGUCAAAGUCAAAGCGGAAGCGGCAGUGGAAGCAGUAACAAGGAAAGCGAUGGCCAUAAAAGUAGCGAGGAUAGCCGCCUUCAUAUGAAAGAUCUAAAAAAAAAUAAUACUCUUUUCAAGUAUUUCAAUUCUGCUUCAAGUCAAUGGACCCCUUUGGAGGAUCAAUUGCUCAGAGAAAGAGUCAAGAUGUUUAAAGAAGAAGGAGGAAGGAUCGCUUGGGCAAAGGUGGCCAACACAAUGAUCGAUAAUAAGCGUUUAUUACGGACGUCGACCAGUUGUCAACGACGAUGGAAUCUCCUCAGCAGCCAAAGGACUCGGAAGAUCGGAGCUUGGUCUACGGAAGAGAAGGAUGCACUGAAGGAGGCUAUUGUUGAGCAAACGGGGCCUAUAGGGAGCAGCGAAGACUAUAAAAGGCUUGAAAAGCCUCCUUUAAUCAAUUGGCGGAAGGUGGCAGAGAGGCUUGGAACUCGAAAUGAAACACAGUGUAGGUCGCGUUUCUUUAAUAACUUUCAUCCAUAAGGCAAGCGGAGAGAAGAAGAAUGAGGAGGAGAAGUGGGAGGAAUGGUGGAGUGUCGUUCGCUCUGCUUUUAAUCGCUACACAUAAUUUAAGGCAAACGUCUUCUCAAAUAAAUAUCGAAC